AUGGUCGCAGUUUCCCAGACCGAGCUCGAUAAUCUCGAGUCCCUCCUGCUCAACACCUCCGGCAAGGUUCCCCUGCACAACCGCUUCCGGGCCCUCUUCACGCUCAAGUCCCUCAAGAACGAGGACGCAAUUCGUAUUAUUUCAAAAGGCUUUCAGGAUCAGUCGGCGCUGUUGAAGCAUGAGCUAGCGUACUGCCUGGGACAGAUCAAGGACGAGAGUGCAUUGCCAACAUUGGAGACGGUUUUAGCAGACGAGAGCGAAGAUCCUAUGGUUCGGCACGAAGCUGCCGAGGCGAUGGGUGCCAUCUCUUCCACGGCGUCACUUCCUGUCCUCAAAAAGUAUUGUGGCGACAGUGAUCGUGCUGUUCGCGAGACCUGCGAGAUCGCACUGGCCAGGAUAGAAUGGGAUAACUCAGACGAAGGCAGGCGGCAUCGUUCAACCGCCACCGACGAGAUCCAAGAAUUCACCUCCAUCGACCCCGCUCCUCCCACCUCUGGCCUCCUUGCCGGUAAACCAAAACCUCAGGACCUGUCCCCUUCUAGCGUCGCGGACCUGAAGGCCCAGCUUCUCGACACAAAACGACCACUGUUCGAACGCUACCGCGCUAUGUUCGCGUUGCGGAACAUUGGAACCCCGGACGCAGUGGACGCACUUGCGGCGGGGUUCACGGACGAUAGCGCGCUUUUCAAACACGAAAUCGCCUUCGUCUUCGGCCAACUUCUCUCCCCUCAUUCCGUACCGUGCCUCCUCCAAGUUCUCCAAGAUGCCAACGAAUCGGAGAUGGUCCGACAUGAAGCCGCCGAGGCGCUAGGUGGGAUCGCGACGCCAGAGGUCUUCCCUUACCUGAAGGAAUACAUGACCAAGCCAGAUGUUCCUGUCGUAGUGCAGCAGAGUUGUCAGGUAGCGUUGGAUAUGUAUGAGUAUGAAAAUUCUGGAGAGUUCCAGUACGCGAAUGCGUUAGAGCAGCCACUGGCCACUGAGAUCGCCGUCUAG